UGGGUUUGUCUUUUGCUCUUUCCUCUUCUUGUUCUUUAUGGAAACACUGCUCUGAUGGGACUUGUUCAUCUCUGGGUUUGCUCAAUGCAGGACCUGAACCCCACCUCCUGCUUAUUGUCCUUCUUCUGCUACCUCCUUUGGCUUCUAGCGAUUAACCGCCCUGUGUGCAUUAUUUGAUUUAUUUCCAGGUAACAGGUUUUUAAUGGGCUCAUCAAAAGGAACUGAGAUUCACACCAUGACCCAUCAUUUUCUGUUGCUUCUCUUUACUAAAUGAGGCUCUUUUCCAGGCGUUAUAUUACAGUACUAUUCUGUUGAGCCUGGUCUCUUGAAACCUGUGAUCUCUCUGGAGGCAUUAAGCAAAAAUGGCUGCUUGGGAUGAUCUUCUGAGUAAAACCCAUAUAGGCGAUGAAGAGUUCGAUGAAGAAGAAGUGUGGGGAUUGGCGGAGGAGAGGGAUGGGUCAAGCCCCAAAGUGAAGAAAGUUGCUUCUAAAGAUUCCUCUGGUUCUUCCUCUGCAUGGCACUCACCUGCUGCUCCAAGAAAGAUUCCGAGGGCAAGCUCACAAACCAGCCAUAAGUUUGAAGCGCUUCAGGGUUCUUCAGCUCCUCUGAACAUUCCUGACUGGUCUAAAAUUUAUCAGAAAAAUGUGAAGACGGGGCCAAAAAUUGAUGGAGAAGAAGAACAUGAACAUGAUAAAAAUGGUGGUGAUGAGGAGGAAGAAGAUGGAGAUGAUGAAGAUCGUAUCAUUCCCCCGCAUGAAUGGCUUGCUAGGAAGCUUGCAAGGAACCAGAUUUCCUCUUUCUCUGUGUGUGAAGGCGCAGGGAGGACGCUCAAAGGGAGAGAUCUUAGCAAAGUGAGAAAUGCUAUCUUGUCCAAAACUGGUUUCAUAGAGUAGCAGUAUCAGCGAAGCUGAUUCUUGGCCACCACUGUAAUGGUUCGAUCAUGUCAUUGUCGGCUUCUUCCAUAUUUUAUUCUCUUUCUUCUUUGGCAAUCUCCACCACAAUCUGAUCUCCUCGUCAUCAUCGUCGUUAGACUUAGAUGCCAUGCAAUCUAUUUUGUUUUGAUUAUUCGCACUUACACACACUAUGGGAGAUGAUGAAUGAUGAUGAA